AUGGCGGUCAUCAUGGAGGCAACUUCCCUCUCCUCCAUCACCAGAAUUGCGGCCGAACCUCCUUCGUCUCCAAGCCAAGGGACAUCAGCGAUCCCUCUACGACCUCUCAUCCUCUACAUAGCAAGAGUUCCAGGGAGUCAAGACGUCUUCCUGACCACUCUCAAGCCUCGAGAGAAGGUUGUCUCGGCCGAGGACGUUCAGAACUCCUUGUACUACGUGCACAUUAGCCGAGAGGAGGAUCUCGACAAAAUCGAUGACGACCAAUCACCUGCUGAAUCAUGUAGUCCGACGUCGACUUAUGCGCCUAUAGUCCAAGAUGGUCGGAUUGUAAGGAAGCCAGCUCCUCCGCCACGACCAUUGUCAAUGCCGGUAACAUCAUAUUCACCAACGGAUCAGAACGGAUCCGAAAUUCGCAUUGCGAGGAAAGCGAUAGGUACUGCAAGACAAGUACCUUCACCGCAGCGGACAGAUUCGUCGAUUCUUCCUUCCAGGCCGCGACGGCCAUUGCCUGCGAUACCACAAGAUGAUGCUGGGCCGUCGAAUGAGAUGUACGGACGACCUUUCGACCACCAAUCUGAACCACCGCAUGCAAAUUACGAAAAUCAAAGUCCGCGGCAGAAUCGUAUUAGAUCAACAUCAGAGCCAAAUCAAGAUAUCCCAAAUACAGAUUUCGGCUCACUGACCCUCAUCAGGCGCGAUCCAGUUUCAUGUGAACAAUGGAACGUCGCCAACAUAAGUGAUAUGUUAGCGCUUCCCGGAGUCGAUUCUCUGGCAGGCAAUAAUGUCAGGCGAUCCCGUCUUCAAGACCGAAGAGCUGGUUUGUCUCUGGAAAUUACGAUUCUGAAUCCAUCUUAUCAACAAUUCCUUUCCGACAACGAGCACGGGGAUCUGCAAGUCCAAGAUGCGCUCACAAGCUCGACGGUGUCUUCUCAGCCGUCAAGUCAUAUUUUCCGACGACAACUCCAUCCCUCCGACAGAUUUCCACUAUCUCCAAACGCUCUUUACUCUUCGCCACCACUUCUUCCCACCAUUAGAUCGGGCGAACCCGAACCUACCCCGACGACUCAAAAACGUCGGCUUUUCCGUCGCUCCGCCGACGUCUCAUCCAAAUCAUCUCAUCGCAAACCAGUGCACUCCCAGCAAUCCUCUACCAGCAGCAGCAGCGUCUACAAUUUCCUGAGUCCAUGGGGAACCACCUGCGAAUUCACCCCCAGCAAAGUCGGGAACAACCUAAGAUGUCGCCACCGUCUUCCCAACGAACCCUACGAUUCGCCCGUGGAAUUAAGCGAGCUACGCUUUAACCUCCCAAAUUCCAACAAAACCACCAUACGGCCUCGAUCCGCCUUCGCUGCAGGCGCAGUAGUACCCAACAGUGAUCGCCGUCCACACUCCUCCCUGUCUCUCUCAACUAGCACGAACAACCCUCACGAUGACUCCGAUGACGACGACUUCGAUGACCAUGAUGUCCGAAUACUCCAAAAUCUUGGCCAAGAGAAGGCUGGAGGUGGUUUUGGCGGGAAACAGGCCAAACUGGGCAAAUUGAUCAUCUGGCCGGAUGGAGUACAGAUGUUGGAUUUGUUGGUGGCGGUCAAUGUGGGACUGUGGUGGAGGGCUUGGGAGAAGGUUGGAUAA